GCAGGCGGGAAGUGUCCCCACUAAAGGCCCCGUUCAGUUCUUAUACUUUGCUGGACUAAGGUCGUAUGCUAUGCGGUACAAACAAUUGUGCGGACCCUUGACCUACCUAUCACCAUGCUUCGGCCAACCUCUAUGUUUCACUGGACAUCGGGUAACAGAGUUCCUGAAUGACUGGGAAGUAUAUGCGUUGAGAGCGGGAUGGACUGAUCGGGAAGCGAUAAUGGGAUUCAUUAAUCAUACCGAUCUCAAACUAGACAAAGACGUACGUGCUGCUGUACUCGAGGAUUGGAAGUGGGCAACUUUCAGAGAACGAUUGUCUCGAGCCUUUGCAUGUGACGACAUCUUCUACUCGGUCGAGAACUUAAAGGAGAUGAAGAAGGAGGAAGGAGAGACGUUAGUGGCGUUUGCGAGACGCUUUGAGACGACAUCUGAGCCAUUGAUAGAAAAUGGGUUUCUCGGUGAGAUAGAACGAUGUGGUAUAUUCAUAGGGACUCUACCUAUCGAGAGAAGAGAGUUUGUUAUGAAGAACAUGCCCACUAAAGAGAUGACGUUCGCUCAGACAAGGGCAUUGGUUCUGCAGACUGGGGGACCGGAUGCCAAAGCUCAUCUACUUGGGGUGUUGGAGAAACUAGGAAAAGGAGUACCCGGAAGUCAUUUAGAAAAACAAUUCGGUGAUGAGGAUGGAAGAGAGUUCAUGCCGCCUGACAAAAGUAAAGUAAGAAGAGAUAGUGGGGAAUGGAAAGGAGGAAACCGCGGCAACAGGAAGAAGGACGACGAUAAGGAAUUUCAAGAUAGGCGUUGGAGGAGUAGAGAAGAAGAGGAAGAACGAAGGAGAUCAUAUAGCGAAGGAUGGGAAACGGUCGAGGAGAUUGAAGCCCUAAGGGCUGAACGAGAGAGGAUGAAGAAAAUGAAGAAUGUCUCACCUCGAAGGAGCGCAACGUCGUUGAAGAAUCGGUAUAAAAAGGGAAAUGGGGACGAAGAUAUACUCUGCCGAAUUUCUACGGAGACGAACAUUGGCAUUAAAACGAGGACAGUAGAAGAGCCAGAGCAGGGAGAGUUCUGGGUACCGAGUGUCCGGUUUGAGGAGGAUCUAGAUGCAAAUGAUAAUCUGACGAUUGGGUUUUCAAGCAUUCGGUUCGAGGAUAGUGAGGAAGACUCCUAUGCGACUUUAGUGCGUGCUACAGAAGCUAAUGGAGAAUUAAGUAAGGAUAGAACCGAUAGUGCUAGCCUUGACAUCGAUGUCUCGCCGACGGGUGAAGAUCCGAGGGUUAUUGAGGAGGCAUUGGUAGAUCAAACCACGACAAUGAAGAUGAUAACGAUAGAUGAGGAAUGUGAAGACUUGAAAAGUGUUGAAGAUACCCAAGACGAGUUGAUAGAGGAUCAAGAUGAAAGAGAUCUCCUCGACGAAGUUGUGAGAGCGAAAAUUUCACAAGCAUUUGAAGUCACAAGUGAGCUGGACGAUAACUAUGGACUUGCUCAACUGCUUGGGACCGUCGAGCCAAACGGGAGCUAUGAGCUUGCUCAGUUGUUUGAGACCGUCGAGUCUGACGACAGCUAUGAGCUUGUUCAAUUAUUUGAGACCGUUGAGCCGGACGACAGCUAUGAGCUUGCUCAACUGUUUGAGACCGUCGAGCCUGACGACAACUAUGAGCUUGCUCAAUUAUUUGAGACCGUCGAGGCGGACGUCAGUUAUGGCUUUGCCCAACUGUUUGAAAUCAUCGAUACAUCUGAAAAUUGUCUUGGAAGUGGUCUUAAGACAACGGCGAGCCAAAAUUUGGUUACCACGAAAGAUAAUGGAGGUUUCAUAAUGGAUCAUUGCACGACAGUGAGUGCUGAAGGAGAAUUAGAUGAGAGGCUUUUGGAAGGUCAAGACUAUGAGAUUCGACUUUCAUCUGACCAAGAAGGCGGAGGAAAGGCUAGUCAUCUUAGAAGCAUGUCAAGAUAAUUUAAGGAACUGUCAGAACUCAAGGAAGGAUUUCAAGUGAAGAAACCCGUUAUUGACAAUAAUGAUUCGGUCAAGACUGGAAAUUGGGUCGCAGGCUUUCAACUUGGGAUAAGGUUGCAAGGCUGGGGUGAAGACUUGUGUCUCCCUUUUCUCUUGCUGAUCAUCCUUGUGUCAGCUUAUGCUCGUACUUUCCGCUGUUGGUGCUGCGGCUGCAGCUUUAACUUCGGCAUCUUACUUGGCGUAGCUGAUUGUCUCAUUACGUUUGAUCUUUAUGGUGACGCGAGGGGUGAACUAUGCUCCUUAUGGGUCCGUACAAGCCUGUCCUGCGAUGUCUCGCCUACUAGACCCUCCGUUAUACUCUUUCAAGCCUUACUGAUUGGGUGGAGAAUGAGUGCAAGGAGGAGAAGGACGCUCGUAAACGGGGGAGGUAAAACUCGAAAGUUCAAAGGCCUGAUGUUCGAAGAAGGCGAUACUUUAGCAUUUGUCAAACUGAUCCUGCCGACUAAGCGUGUGAGCAAAAGUAAAUUCUACUUCCACAA